GUGGUGGAGAUCUGUUUCCGCCGGAAGUCCCGUGCUCGGAGAGACACAGUCGCGUCCUGUGGAGGGUUCAUGCCUCUGUUGUUGUGUGUGUUCUCCUCCAGACUUGUGUUCGGUUCUCGGUCAUGCUCGACUCUCUCCGCUGACCGUCUCCGAUGUGUGUGGGAUGGAGUCUCCAGCGGUGGAUGAUGACAUCUGUAUCCUGAAGCAUGAGACGGCGUACGUGUCGCCCGAGGACGAGUGUCCCGGUGUCCGUGUGUCCAUGUGUCCCGGGGACGAGUCGGUGGCGUCUCACUUCGCUCUGGUCACCGCCUACGAGGACAUCAAGAAGAGACUCCGAGACACGGAGAAGGAGAACGGCCUGCUGCGCCGCAGAGUCAAGCAGCUGGAGGACAAGCACUUCCAUCCUGAAGCUCCUCCGUCUGAAGGACCGCAGUACGUGAACAAAGCCUUCAGUGCGUACCGCGGCAUCUACAUCGAGAAGGAGGACCUGCAGAUGGAGCUCAAUAAAGUGAAAAAGGAGAAGCUGGAUUCGGAGAGGCUUCUGAUGGAGCAGCUGCAGGCCAAAGAGAUGGAGCUUCUGCAGCUCAGAUCAGAGAUGGACACCAGCCAAGUGAUGAAGAGUCUGACCGACACAGAUUACUGGCAGGUGGACAAACACAGCAGUGAAGUGAAGAUCCACUCGCUGCAGGAGCAUCUGGAACGCUUACAGUUAGAGAAUGACGCGCUGCACAAGCUCUGCAGAGCCGGACAGGAUGUCUCUGAAAACUGUGUAGUUGAUGAUGAUCAGACUCAUGAAGCUCUGAUAGACAUCAGGAAGAGGGCCAUGGUUCAGUCGUAUCAGGACGUCGUCAGUGAAGCGUCUCGUCUGCAGUCAGUCGUUCAGUCUCAGUCGGAGCUGGUGAAGAGGAUGAGAGAGAGACCAGCGCCGCCAGUCUUCAGAAGAGCUGCUUCAACUGUUCCAGUGCAGUGCCUGGACGACGUGCAGACGAACAGUGAGCCGGCGAGAGCCCCUCGUCCUCCCAGCGCUCCUCCGCUGCAGGAGAACCACCUGAAGGACCCUUGGACCAUCCCUCGUCCGGCUCCGCUGGGCAGCCCCGGCGUCCGGCUCAAUCCCACGCUGCGCAUGAGCUCGCUGGACGACAGCUCCUGGUCCUUCCCCAGCCCUCCCCUUCCAAGCGACGCUCUGUUCUGGGACCAAACCAAGCCCAAGAGCCCGGCCCGACCGUACUGAGUCACGUUCCCACCGCACCUUUCCUGCCUUAACACACGUCCCUCUCUGGAUGACCCCUGAUGAGCAAAUACCUCGAGCAGAGUGCGACGGAGAAACCCAAGCGGGCGCCAAACACCCGAGAGCCGGACGCUGGAAUGGACACGAUCCUGACGUAUAUAUUUGUGAUUUAUUAUAUCCUGUAAGCUUGUGUUCAUCUCUCCGGAGAGGAUCCUGUCUUUUAUUAUGAAGGUGUGAAGGGAUUGUUUUACUAGUUCUCACACUCCCCGAAGGUUUUUUCUUUAGAAACACGUCUGUCGUGUUUUUAUACCCGUAUACAGCUUUUCAAACCCCGAAUCAGAGGAGACAAUGUUGUAAUGUUUAGAUUUAGUCCAUAAAUGAGCUGUUCUGUGGGAAGUGGAUGUGUUUGUGGAAGUUAUUUUGCUUUAAACGGAGUCUUGUUUUUUUUAUUUGCAUAUUAAAAAGUCUUUCUGUAGUAAAUGAUCUGCCUUUUUUAAGGGCCAAGAACUAACGGUAUCUGUUAGUUUCCUCUGCUCUUGAGGUUCCCACAGAACUGCUUGCUGGAGAGUGAUUAAAUUUGGCACACAGAUGGAGGAUAGUCUCAGCAUUAAUCAUAGCAAAGUUAGAGUCUCAAACACAAACACAAGCCCUGUAGCACCACCAACAGCUCAAAUAUCCAUUUAUGUUUAUGCUCAUAACUUUUGAACCGUAAAGUCUAGCAAAAGCAAAAACACUUUUUUAAAAUUUCACUGAAAAUUUUUGAAUUCCUUUAACAUAAAAACAUUUCUUUAAUUCCUCGGCUCAUGCUGAUUCGAUGGCACCCUGUGAUGUCAUUUUCCAUCUAAAAAGUUUUCCCGCCAUUUUUAAUUUUUUCUAAAAACCUGCUUCUUUUUGAAAUCCUCUUUGGCUGUUGCUCCAGUUUACAGGAAAUUUGAAAAAGUUUAUGGAAUUCAAGUCGAAUAGUCAAACCAUUCUUAUAUAACAUGCAACAAAUUUGUCAAAUAGCAUGUCCAAAAAUCACAAAACUGUUAACUUUUAAUUUGGUGCGACAGUCAAAUUAUACCCCAUAACUAGCUAUUUUUGGGUGUCGGCCAUUUUUAUUUUUCUCAAUUUUGUCGUAAAAUCACAAAACUCGGUAUGCAUCUUUGACACCAUGCCCUGAAGAUACUCCAAAAACAUUUGGGGCAGUGCUACCUUGUGGUAAAAAAUCGGAAUAAAAUUAAAUGUAAAAAAUGCUAAUAGCCAUACUCCUCCUAGGCAAUUGGUCCGAUUUUUGUCCAAAUUUGAUUUGGAUCAUCUUCACACCUUCUUUGUGUGUUUUUGUGACAUAUUGACAACAAGCUUUAUGUGAGUAUUUUUCAUCUCACUGGCCUCACCACAUCAAUUUGGUCACAGUGGUCACAGCGCCACCUACUGGUCAGAAGCGAUAAUCCAUUGCAUCAUAAUACUAGUGACUGCAUUAGAUUUUUUUGCCAUUUUGACUGAAGGGAUCUUUAAAUUACUCAUUGCAGUUGUUCUGAUGCUUGCUGCCUUGCUGAGCUCCUCAUUUUGUUGUGUUUGGCUCCUUAAUUGCUGCUUGCAGCUCUAUUUAAGAUUCUUAAAGUCCUGUUUAACGUCAAAAUGAAACAUGCCAUUUUACUUCUCUAAUCUAAUGAGGAUUCAUUAAGGUGUGAUUUUACCCAUCAGGAAUCAAAGGAUCUGGUUUUGAAAGGCUUUCUUUUCUUUUCCUUUAGAAUAACGUGCACUGAUGAAUCCUUCAACGGAUGGGUGUUUGCACAGAUCACAGUGAUAUGUUUUGUCUUGAUACCAACUGCGUUCUGUUCGGUUUAAAAAAUGUGAAGCACAAAGAUGAAUAAAAAUGUGUGCGUGUUUAAAACUUAUAAUAGUCUUUGACUUUGAGAAACAAUCUGGUAUUAAAGGGAUUGAUAGUUCACCUUAAAAUUAAGAUUCUGUCAUUAUUUACUCAUGUUGUUGCAAUCCCCAAGACUUUCCUUCAUCCUCGGACCACACAUGAAGAUAUUUUACAGUUUCUGCCCCUCCAUUGACAGCCUGAGCAACUUUCACUUCGAAGUGAAACCUUAUGGAAGUAGAGCUUGUUACUUCAGGGGUUCAACUGUUUUUUUUUGUAGCGACAGGAAUAAUUACCUAAACUUGUGUUUCUGUAAACAUUUUUGAAGUUUGAUUUGACAUGAAACAUGUUCGGCUUUACUGCAACAGAUCUGUGAACCAAAAUGCAAUGUACAGUAGAUUAUUUUUUAGGAUUUUCAAUCCUGAAAACUUGGUAAAUAUUCAAUAAAUGAAUUCAUGUGAA